CCGUCACUCAGCGUGGGCUUUUGUGUCUUCCGUGGAAUGUCUGCAAGAAAACGGGGAAGAGUGAAUUACAGUGGAGAUCGGAGAGCUGCCCGCGACACUCCUUUGCCUGGUUCCAUUUCUGCGUUUUGGUGCUUGAGCCCCGAGGAGGUGAAGUUGCAUCCCUUCUGGCUUGGGACCCAUUCUCACCUGUGGAGGGAGAAGCGCCAAGGUGCCAUCAGAGCACCUUGACCCCAGCACCACCUGGAAUCUACCCAGGGAUGAGGCCAACACGCUGCACCAUAUCCUGAUGGAAGAGCUGAUCCGACAAAAGGAAGUGUCCAUGCCAGGAAACCUAUUGGAGGAGGAAAAGAUGUUUCUCUUGUGCUUCCCCUUGCAGAAGUAUAAGCUGGAAAAGAGUAUUAAAGAACUUCACGCUGUUGCAGACCAACUUGACGCAACUCAUAAGAUGCUUACCAAGACCAGGUUGGUGGCCAGUUCCUCAGGCACCAUCUCUGGAGUCUUGAGCCUCCUGGGUUUGGCCCUGGCCCCCGUGACAGUAGAGGGGAGUCUGAUGCUCUCGGUGGCUGGGCUGGGCCUGGGGGCAGCAGCUGCAGCCACCAAUGCGUUGACAAGCAUCUUCGAAAGUAGGAGCAACUAGGCAGCGAGAGACAGAGCCAGCGGCCUGGUGCCUAUGGAAACAACCAUGGUGUACGAAGCUUUGGAAGGAAUAAGGUUGCCUGAAAUCAGUGCUGCUUGGUCGUGUGUCGUCAGGUGCGUCGGACUCCUCAAGAACGUCAAGGAACUUCGGGCCUGCCAGAUGGCCAAAGCCAGCUCUGGCUUCAUGGCUAAGGGCAAUGACUUCAUGGACACACGCCAUGUCCUCUUCUGGAGGGUGGGAAGGCUGCAGACCGCUGUUGAAGGCUCUGCUCUGUCCAUGACCAAAGGUGCCCGGCUGCUGGGUGCUGCGGGGACUGGCUUCUUGCUCAUGCAAGACGUGAGAAGCCUCCUGCACAGCUGGAAACACCUGAAGGAGGGGACGAGGGCAGAGACCGCCGAGGAGCUGAGGACGGUGGCCUGGAAGCUGGAGCAGGAGCUGAGCCAGCUCACCCAGCACUACAGGCUGACCACUGGGAGGCAGGCCUGGCCGAAGAGCCCGUCACCGAAUCAGGAGAAGUUGACCAACCCCCAGCAAGACUGGCUAAGACGGGAGCAAACCAGGAAGAAUUCUCGCAACUGUGCAGAAGGGACCGGGAGCAAAGGAAAGUAAUCUCUGCGAGGACACACCCCGAGAUGUCACCCCAUUCAUCGUACUUACAUUUGUGAGCACGUGACCCAUGAAGAGACGCGCUUGCUCGGGAAGGAAGUCACCUGCCUUUCUCUCUAUCCAAUUAGCAUAUUCCAUUCAACUUACCUGCUGACCCCUGGUCCUUAAACGUGCCCAACCCCCAAGCCGUUGGGCGGCAGAUCUGAGGCUUGUUUGGCUGCAUCUUGAAUAAAUUCUUUCCUCGAUGCACAGUCCGUGUCUCAGCGAUUGGCUUUGCUGUGCACUAGAUAGAACUCGGGUUCGGUCACGCGCGUGUAUGCACUGGGGAGGCUUCCGCACACCCACCAGCAAUUCCGUGACACCAGCAGCGGUCCAAGAAUUCAGCUCAAUUCUAACACCAUCUACUGGGAAGGCAGCAUCACAUCCCACAGGUGAAGGCUCGGCCCCAGAAGCCACCCUCCACUUCAGAGGCCAGUCUCGCCCCCAGUUUAUUACCCGUGCAUCUGACCGCCUGGCUGUCAAUCAGAGGUUCCCACAACCCCCUCCUCAGAUUCGAGUCAUUUGCUACAGCAGCUCACAGAACUCAAGAAAACCCAUUUAUUCACAAG